AUGUCUUUCACCAUAACCAAGUCUAUACUGAUUUUAACUCUCGUUUUCAUCUUCUUCCAAGUUCCAACUUUUGCAAGCUCCCCCCAUUUAAUCAAUUUCCGGUCACCAAACCUUUACCCUGAAUCUCUCUCGUGGGACCGAACAGCUCAACACUUCAUAGUUGGGUCCCUCCGCCACCCAACUCUCCUUUCUGUUUCCGAUGCCGGAGUCAUCAACACACUAGUCUCCGACGAUUCCAUUCCGGCCAACUCCUCUUUCCUUGGAAUCACAGUAGAUGUUGUCCACAACCGUAUCCUAGCAGUAGUCCAUUCCCAUUCCCAACCUUCCAACUCUGCCCUUGCCGCCUACGACCUACGCAGCCCCCACCGCCGCCUCUUCCUCGCCGCCCUCCAUGACACCACCUCCACCACCACCGCCCCCGCUGCCAACGACGUCGCCUUUGAUUUCUCCGGAAACGCGUUCGUGACCAAUUCUGCCAGCAACUUCAUCUGGAAAGUGGAUCUUGAAGGUAAAUCGUCUGUAUUUUCCAAAUCCAAAACCUUCACGAAAACACCCGGAAUACCUGAAAUGCCCUGCGGGUUAAACGGAAUUGCUUACUGUAGCAAAGGCUACCUCAUUGUUGCCCAGUCAAACACAGGCAACUUAUACAAAGUUGAUUCCGAAGAUGGGACAGCAAGAAAGAUUCAAUUAAACAAGGAAUUGAAUUCCCCCGAUGGAAUUGCAUUCAGGAGGGAUGGUGUUCUAGUAGUGGUGUCAAAAGAAAAGCUUUACUUUAUCAAGAGUGACAACAGUUGGAGUGAUGGUGUGGUUUAUGACGAGACUGCCCUUGAUGCCGAAUGUUUCGCUACAUCGGUGACUGUAGGAGCGGAGGACAGGGUGUAUGUGUUAUAUGGUCAUGUGGAUGAGGGUAUAAUGGGAAAUUCACAAAGGGAUGAGUUUAGUAUUUUGGAGGUAAGGUCGGAGGAUGAGAGCCGGGGUGAUGCGGUUUGGGUGUAUGUAUUGAUUGGGUUUGGGUUCGCGUAUUUUUUGGUUUGGAGAUUUCAAAUGCGUCAACUUUAUACAAAUAUGAACAAGAAAAUCGCAUAA